ACAUGUUUUGUUCUAGAUCCAGGGAGACGCGGGAUUGACUGGCACAAGAGCUGCUUUAUUUUAUUAACACAAUAGUGUUAAUGUCACGAAUGGAUUAUUCAGCAUGGACGUUUAUCUUCUGUAAUUUAAUAUAAAAAAUCGUAUUUUACGUCCAAAACCGUUUUAAGGAAUCAUCUAAGGAUGGAUAAAGGCACACAAUGGCGUAUAUGGGAGUACUGCUGGCUUGCGCUACGUGUUUAUUUGCUGCUGUGCUUAGAGAAGCAGGUUUGUGCUCAGAUAAGGUACUCUAUUCCAGAGGAGGUAAAAGAGGGAACAGUUGUGGGAAACAUUGCGAAGGAUUUGGAUCUGGAUGUAAGUACAUUGGUGGACAGACGCUUCCGUAUCGUUUCUGGAUCUAAGGACGGUUUUUUCCAAGUAAACCAGAACAAUGGCGUCUUGCAUGUUGAUAAAAAAAUCGACAGAGAGGAGGUAUGUGACAGCAGCAAUCCCUGUGUAUUUAACCUCAAAAUCGCAGUAGACAGACCACUGGAGAUUCAUUAUGUGGUAGUAGACAUUACGGAUAUAAAUGACAAUGCGCCUAGAUUUCCAGAUAAGCAACAAAGAGUAGAGAUAGCGGAGAGCACAAUACCGGGUGCGCGCUUUCAGCUCCAAAGUGCGCGCGAUCCUGACAUUGGCAUACAUUCUGUGCGCUCUUACAAAUUAAGCAAAAACGAACAUUUCGAUUUAGAAAUAAAAGACAGGGAUGACGAAAAGGUACCUUUCCUGGUUUUACAGAAAGCAUUAGAUAGAGAGCGUAAAGCUGAACACGAACUGACACUGACAGCAGUAGAUGGUGGAAAUCCAUCAAGAUCUGGAACAUUAAAUGUCACCGUCACUGUUCUCGAUAUCAAUGACAAUCGUCCAGUCUUCAGUCAAGAGGUUUACACGGUACAUUUACAGGAAAACGUUCCGAUAGGUACUACUGUGUUAAGAGUAAACGCAACAGAUCUAGACGAGGGUUCGAAUGGAGAGAUCGUAUACUCUCUUGGUAGCAACUUAAACCGUAAAAUUUAUGAUGUAUUUGAUCUGGAUACAGUUUCCGGUGAAAUACGAGUAAAAGGCGAAAUAGAUUUUGAAAACAUUGAUGUGCACAGAUUAGAUGUUUUGGCCUCUGAUAAAGGCACACCUCCGAUGACUGUCAACUGCAGGGUCACUGUGAAAAUUUUAGAUGUGAAUGAUAACGCUCCUGAAAUAGAAGUUACAUCACUCUCUAACGUAGUGCCUGAAGAUUCCAAACCCGGAACAGUUAUUUCUUUAAUCAGUGUUUCAGACAAAGACUCUGGUGUAAACGGGAAAGUUAUAUGUUCUCUGUCAUCAAACAUACCUUUUGAACUAAAACCGUCUGUACAGGAAAAUAUGUACUCUUUAAUUACAAACUCGUAUUUAGACAGAGAAGAGAUUUCCCAUUACGACAUUACUUUAACAGCCACAGACCUGGGCCAGCCUUCUCUAACUGCACAAAAGAGUUUGAAUGUGCAAAUAUCAGAUGUGAAUGAUAAUAGUCCAGAGUUUUCUCAUAAUCCUAUUGAACUAUAUUUAAUGGAAAAUAACAUUCCCGGUGCUUCUAUAUUUUCUGUAACUGCAUCAGACAAAGACACGAAUGAAAAUGCAGUAAUCUCAUACAGCAUUCUUAGAGGAGAUGGUGCAAAGAACAACUGGCCUACAUUUCUAAGCAUUAACUCUGAAACAGGAGUUAUUCAUGCGCUAAAGAGUUUUGAUUAUGAAGUAGCCAAAACGUUCCAGUUCCACGUGCUUGCUACAGAUUGUGGAAGUCCGUCACUAAGCAGCAACGUGACAGUGAACGUGUUCAUUCUGGAUCAGAACGACAAUGUUCCAGUGAUCUUAUAUCCAGUCAGCGCUAACGGUUCUGCUGAAGGUGUGGAGGAGAUUCCCCGCAAUGUCAACGCAGGACAUUUGGUGACUAAAGUGAGAGCCUAUGACGCGGAUAUAGGAUACAACGGCUGGUUAUUAUUUUCAGUGCAGGAAGUGAGUGACCACAGUCUGUUUGGUUUGGACCGCUAUACAGGACAGAUAAGGACCCUUCGCUCCUUCACAGAAACAGAUGAAGCUGAACAUAAACUGGUCAUACUGGUCAAAGACAAUGGAAACGUGUCACUUUCAGCAACAGCGACUGUGAUUAUUAAACUUGUUGAACCCAAAGAGGCUUUUGCUGCGUCCGAUGUUAAAAACACUGUAAAAGAAGAGGAAGAAAAUAACGUUACAUUUUAUUUGAUCAUUACCUUGGGUUCGGUUUCAUUUCUUUUUGUCAUCAGUAUCAUUGUGCUGAUUGUAAUGCAGUGCUCCAAAUCUCCAGACUUUUCCUCCAAGUAUUUACAAGAUACGAAUUACGACGGGACUCUGUGUCACAGCAUCCAGUACAGAUCCGGAGAUAAACGCUACAUGUUAGUUGGACCCAGAAUGAGCAUCGGUUCUACUCUAGUUCCAGGCAGUAAUGGGAAUACUCUAGUGAUACCAGAUCGCAGGAGGAGAACUUCCGGUGAGGUAAGAGGCGAGUCAAUCAUCUUUACUAAAAAGAGAAUCCUCAUAUACAUAAAGAGAAUCAUAUACAGCACAUGUCGUCAAAUGCCUCGAAUAUCACAAUAUUCAAAGCCAUUUCUUUUAAUAUGUUGCUCGAAUUUUUAUAUUAUCGGUUCUUAUCUGUAUUUUGGAGAUUUUAACCUUAUCUGAUGACUUUAAUAAUUGUGUGUACAAAACCAGGUCUGAUUAAAUUCCUGAGCACUAAGUUUAAAUAAUAUGAUGUUUAAAUAGGCUGUCUUUAACAAUUUAUCAUCUUUAUGCUAUUUACAUUCAUCAAA